CAAUCUCUAUGUUAAAGUGUCAAAAUUGAUAAGAUUGUGGACUAUGUGUCAUCGUUUUGUUGUUUAAUUUUAUAAAUAAAUUGCAAAGUUUAUCUUACAUUACGAAUAAUUGGAUACAGGUUCUGAAAAACAAUACUGGGCUUAUUAUUUUCUUCGGAGCUUACUUCUAGGCUACAAAAUGCAAGACACAAGACCAGAGUUAUACGAGGAGGUGAAGCUCUACAGAAAUGCCAGGGAACGUGAAAAGCACGACAAUAUGGCAGAGCUGUAUGCCGUAGUGAGCACUCUGCAGCACUUAGAGAAGGCGUACAUGAGGGACUGUGUCCGUGCUCAGGAGUACACUGCGGCAUGCAGCCGACUCCUCGUGCAGUACAAGGUGGCUUUCAAGCAAGUUCAGGCUGAUGAGUUUCCUAACAUUGAGGCUUUUGUGGCUAAGUAUAGGUUGGAUUGCCCGGCAGCUCUGGAGAGGAUAAGAGAGAACAAACCUAACCUGAUCAAGGAUGACAAGGGCAACACUAACAAAUACAUUGCUGAGAUUGUUUCACUCUUCAUAACACUGAUGGACAAGCUCCGUCUGGAGUUCCGCGCGAUGGACAUGAUACAGCCGGAGCUGCGAGACCUGCGCGACACCAUGGACCGACUCAUCAUGCUGCCGGAAGACUUUGAGGGGAAGGUCAAGGUACAAGAGUGGGUAGACAAGCUAUCAGAGAUGUCGGCAUCGGAUGAGCUGUCGGAGAGUCAGGUGCGGCAGCUGCUGUUCGACCUGGAGACCUCGUACGGAGCAUUCAACAAGUUCCUGCACAAGGACUAGAGAGAUUCAUCAACGAUGUGACCCGGCUCAAAAGCGUUGUGCAUAUUCACUGUAGCUUGUUAUGUGUUUAUAUAAACUUGUCAUGUAUACCUAAAUUACUGCCUCAACUAUAUUAUUGUAAUGUUUAAGCCUUGCAUAUCGAUAUUUUUAAUAUAGUUCUUUGGCACUUCUGUCCUAUAUUGACUUUAUUUCACGUGAUAAUUGAAUUUCAUGCAUACGACGCGGUUACACGAAAAAUACAAAUAUCCGAAUUGAGGACCUUCUCCUUUUUGGGAAGUCCGUUAAAGAAGGGAGGUUAACCUUAUAGAUACAUAUUAUUGUGAUAAACAUAGCUGAUGAUAUGUCAAUACCUAUAUCUACUUGUUGUGUUGUUGUUGUUGUUACAGCCUUUUUAUCGUCCCACUGCUGGGCACAGGCCUCCUCUCACACGGAGAAGGAUUGAGAAUUAAUCACCAUGCUUGCUCAAUGCGGGUUGGUGAUUUCAGACUAUAUACCUAGUCCAGGUUUCCUCAAGAUGUUUUCCUUCACCUUUUUUUAUCAGCCAUUGGUGUCUAAGAUAUACUUAGAAAGUACAUACAAACUUAGAAAAGUUGCAUUGGUACUUGCCUGACCUGGAAUCGAACCCACACCCUCAUACUCGAGAGGCUGGUUCUUUACCCACUAGGCCACCACGACUUAGAUCAAAAUAAAUAUUUAAAAAGUUUGAUGACAACGUAGCAACGCAAUAAAUGAAGUAGUCGGUUAAAAAUAUAUUCUUCGUAAGACUCAUAAUAUUCAAUUUAUUCAAAAGCGUCAUCUGUGAGUUUAUUUAUUUGACUAGGUCAGUAUAAAUGCACUUUCUAUAGUUUUAAUACGUAGAUCUUUUAUUCUUGAUCAAAUAAAACUGUAUUAUGUUAAGCAAAUUGUCGGUUAUUUGUUGUGAACUCAACAAAGUCACGAUGUUAUAGAAUAGACAACUUGAUGUCGUUAUAUUUAAGCGAAUUUAUUACAAAUAAAUUUUAUAUUCCACGUC